UUGCAUGAAGAGGCCAGCUGGGCUGGUCCCUGAACGCACCUCCCUCUUCCUGAGUGGACUUUCUACUUGCGUGGUGUAGAGUCUGCUGACGGAGUUUUUGGACCGGGACCUUGCAGGGUCACGCAGAGGACCACGGCCCCAGUGAGACUUUGAACCCGUUACUCGGUUGAGAAGUGAAAAGCGCGCCGGGCUCGCAUUUCUUCGUCUGACGCCCCCCACUCUCACACGGAGAAAGCUCCGCUCUUCGAGUCUUUUCCACGGGUAUCGAGCAACAGGUUGAGCCGCGGCCGAGAGAAGACGCCCCCGACCAUGCCGAGUAAAAGCCAGUAUUUGCGGCCCCGGCUCUGCACGCUGGACAAAGGCGACAACGGCUACGGCUUCCACCUCCACGGCGAGAAGGGGAAGACCGGUCAGUUCAUACGACUGGUGGAGCCCGACAGCCCGGCCGAAUCGUCGGGGCUCCGCGCCGGGGACCGCCUGGUCUUCGUCAACGGGGAAGAUGUGGAGAACGAGAGCCACCAACAAGUCGUGGGCCGGAUAAGAGCCACUUCGGGCCGGCUGGAGCUCGUCGUGGUGGACCCGGACACGGAGCAGCUGCUGAAGAAACACAACAUAAAGUGUCUGAAGGGGUACGUCGGCGACGGGAUCCCUUUACCUUUCGACGAUGGAGAGGAGGCACAGAAGCGCCGGGAAGAGGAGGACGAGGUCAAAGGGACAGAAAAUGGAGCUGAGCGGCGAGCCGAGGGGGUCGAGGCGGAGGCGGAGGAGGAGGAGCGAGGUCGGGGGUCCAGGGGGAGCACGCCCGUGCCUGACAGGAACGGAGAAAUUCACCCGGACGUCGAGAGGAAGUUGAGCGUCGAUUCAGACAAGGAGGUGAGCCCCCAGCUGCGACCACGUCUGUGUGUGAUCCGGCGAGAGGCAAACGGAUAUGGCUUCAACCUGCACAGUGAGCGGGCGCGACCUGGCCAGUACAUCAGAGCUGUGGAUGAAGACUCCCCUGCAGAGAGGGCAGGCCUGCAGCCCAAAGACAGGAUAGUCCAGGUGAAUGGUGUGUCGGUGGAGGGCAAAACACACUCCGAGGUUGUGGCGACCAUAAAAGCCGGCGGGGACGAGGUCCGCCUGCUCGUGGUGGACCCCGACACCGAUGUCUUCUUCAACAGGUGCCGAGUGGUCCCCGCCUCGGCCCACCUGACCGGUCCACUACCUGAGCCUGGUGUCAACGGAGGAACGGAGGAGAAGGUGAACGGCAGAGGGGCAGAGAGGCACUCCAAGCUGUCAGUCAGCCCUUCUCCGUCCAAUGCCUCGUCCAACGCCUCAAUCACAACCCCAACCACCCCACCUGAGGGUGUGGUGACGGAGGCCAUCCCAGCUCUGAACAUGAGCCUGCAGCAGGUGAAAGAGCUGGCCCAUCAGAAACGCUCCAAUAAGAGAGCCCCGGCCAUGGACUGGACCAAGAAAAAUGAACUGUUCAGCAACCUAUAGGCCUUCAGCUCGCCUGACACACAACUACAACAAUGACACCAUUUUGUGUUGCAGUGAUUCUCACAACGAUCAGAAAGACCCUUUUUAAAGAAAAAUCCUGUUUUAUGAAUGUUAUAUUCUUCGUUAUUAUUCAUGAAAAGAUAUUCCGCAAAUUAUCUAAUUGUAAUGUACUACUAACCAUGAACGACAACUGGACUCUGUUGAAUGUGCGCAUAUGUGUGCUUGCGUGCCUUCUGCUACGCCCACUCACCUGACAAUCAGUUUAUUGUGUAUCUUUUAGUUUAUCAGAUAAUCUGUCAGAGUGGAUCAUACGUCUUAAAAUGUAUUUCUGUACACUUGCUAACAAUAAUUUUUGUGUCAAUAUUUGCUUCUAAUGACAGCACUUCUGAUUACGUGUUAGCACAGUUUUAUGAGAUAAUAAAUAAAUAAAAUGAGGAUGAAUGUCAUUGCUGUCCUUCAAGAAUGGGUUUUUAACUGGUAAAAAACACAUAGUGAUGGCUUUAAACAGGAAUGAUUUUAAAAGGGGUUUCUCUUAAAAUGUAUGUAUAUAUCAUAUAUCAUGUAUAUUUUUUACAUUUUUGAUAGAAUCAACUCCAAAAUGAAAGUCAGAUGAGCUAAAGCUUCUGAUCUUUUAGUCUGUGUUUGGCAUGACUCAACUUAAGACUCUCAGAGUUUUAAGUGUUUUAUUUGCUCAUUUAAAAAAAAAAAAAAAAACAGAAUUUGUGAGAUUUCUUUUUUCAUUUCUCGUGAUUUGUAGUUAGUUCGAGAUCAUAUAUGUCUUAACGAAUGUUUCCGCUUCUCUAGAUUGUGCGCUUUUGUGCAGUAUUGCGAUUAUUUUCCAAAUGAAUGAUGGACUUGUGUGUUGUUGUACGAGCCAGCCUGUGUAAGCAGCGAGUGAAGAGUCUCUAUUGUAAUAAAGCAUAAUCUUAUGAA